UCUUGAUAUACCUGUGGGUUUUUUUUUCCUGUUUUGAUAUUUUGAAAUAUCGUACUUAAAAUGCACAUAAAACAGGAGUGGACCGAGAAGGGGAAGGCAGAUGAUUUCACCUAAAAUUCAGAUCGUGUUUUACCAAUGAAAUUUUCAUUGACUAUUCAGUGGAAUCCUUUUUAGAAAGAACUCUUCGGUGACCUCAGUUUCUGAACGGAUAUCGACCAACAUAGGAACCCGUGACUUCGAUUUACGAGUGUUGUUUAUCGAACGCCUUUCACAGAUAUGUCAAAGACAAACAGUGAUCUAUUUUUAGAAAAAAGUUAUCAUGGUAUCCAAAAAGAGUUUGCUUUUCAUUCUUUUAUGUGUAUCCAUCUUCGUGCUUUAUUGUUCUCAUGUCUGGGUACUGAAUCGCCAUAAGUCCCUUCUGCCCAGGAUAGGCGGCAAAAUACUAGAACUACGCCGUACACAGAAUGCGGAAAUGAAAGAAAUUGCCAAGUUAGCCAUUCUAAAGAAUUCACUUGAUGUAAAACCGCCGACUGCCAGACCAGACAGCUGUAACGCUUGCUUUAAGAACGACUUUACUUACCUGAUUAACAACCACAUUUGUGAGGGAUACGCGGAAGUGGACAUACUUGUCCUGAUUCUGACCGGUCCGAACAAGUUCCAACAACGACAAAGCAUCCGUGAAACAUGGGGCGCCCUCUGCACGAAAAAGCACCAUAUAGCAUGCGUUUUUAUUCUUGGACUCACAGAGGACGCAAAAGUGAUGGAAGGAAUAAAAUCUGAAAAUGUGAAACAUUCAGACAUCGUCCAGCUUGAUUUUAAAGAAAGUUACGGUAACCUGACCUAUAAGACGAUGUCGGGCUUCAGGUGGUCUCAUGACUUUUGUUCUGGCGCGAAAUUUGUGAUGAAAGCAGAUGGUGAUAUGUACAUAAACUUGGAACUUAUUCCUAUCCUCCUGCGGGCCGUACCAAUGGGGAAAUUUUACGGAGGUUUCUGCUGGGAAGAACAGAGUCCGCACCGAGAAAAAUCUUCUAAGUGGUAUGUCUCCUUCAAAAGUUACCCUCAUGAAAAUUUCCCGCCAGUUUGUUCGGGGACAGCUUACAUCCUAAACUCAGAAUUCUUAAUUGGUUUGUUAAACGUUAGCAGAAAUAUUCCAUUCUUUCAUUUGGAAGACGUAUUCAUAGGGAUGGCAGCAAAAGCCUUAAACGUGAGACCAGUGACCUUGAAAGGAUUUGCAAACAUGCGCACUGAAUUUACUCCUUGUUCUUAUAGGAACGAGGUCAUGACCUCACAUUAUGUUGACUCUAAUACACUGAGGCAGUACUGGACAAAGAGUCGGGAAUGUGCCUUGGCGGCGCAUACACCAGAAAAAUUAUAUGUAGCCAAUAAAAUAUGACAGAAAUAAAUGUUUAUUUAAACAUG